UUUUGCAUUUUUAAAAAAUUUGAAUAUAAAAAGGGUAAGAAUCGAACCUUUGAAAGACUGAGGCGUGCUGCAGACAGCAGAUGGAUCCCGUGGCCAGCAGCUGCAUGCGGAGCCCCCAACCCCCGGCCCCCGUCUGGGGCUGCCUUCGAAAUCCCCACUCCGAAGGCAGUGGGGCCUCAGGGCUACCCCACUACCCGCCAACCCCGUUCUCCUUCCACCAGAAACCAGACUUCCCGGCGACAGCGACAGCAGCGUACCCCGACUUCUCGGCCUCCUGCCUGGCGGCCACCCCGCACAGCCUGCCCCAGGAGGAGCGGGUCUUCACUGAGCAGCACCCCGCCUUCCCACAGCCCCCCGACUGGCACUUCCCUGUCUCAGAGGCCCGGCGUAGGCUCAACCCAGGCCCCACGGGGGGCUCCAGGGAGAUGGGGGCCAGCAGCCCAGGUCUGGUGGACGCCGCGGGAGGCCCAGGAGAGGACUAUGAGGUCCUUGGGAGCACGGAGACGGAGAAGAAGUCAACCAGACGGAAAAAGGAGAGUUCAGGUCAAAGUGUGGUUCCAGAACCGAAGGAUGAAGUGGAAGCGUGUGAAGGGGGGUCAGCCCAUCUCCCCUCAUGGGCAGGACCCCGAGGAUGGGGACUCUGCAGCGUCUCCAAGUUCAGAGUGAGGUUCUCCAUGGAGAAUAAAAGACUGAGGACGGAGCCCCUACCCAGCUCCCCCAGCCCAAUCCCACUGUCACCUUCUUCCACCUACCCCAGGGCAGCCUUUCCACAUCUUGCAGUGACCCUUGGAUAUGAAGCUGCCUAGUGAUCCCGGGAGCCUUGAAGUUUUCCAGAAAGUUCUGUCCAGCAUUGCUGUCUUAGCUACCCCUUUCCCAGGGCCUUUUCUUCCCACAAUUCUUGUGACUCCUUCAGUGGCCAGGUCAGACCUGAGUGAAUCCGGGGAGCAGCUCCGGGGACACUGCUUCUCGGGGUCCCUUGGCUGCUGCCCACACCUUCCCCUCCCACCUCCUCCUACGUCGGCCAGGCCUCCUCCAGGUCUGAACACCACCUGGCCUGCUGGGAGAGGAGCCUGGGGCCAGCUGGUGACUCAUGAAAGCUAAUGCUUCACAAGAAAGGAAAUGACUGAGACAGACACACACACACCGAGACCACCUUUCCUUUCUGGGCUCUGUAGCUGAGCCUUUGGGGGCCCUGAGUUGUCCCCAAACCCCUGGGAAAAUCAGUGUGAGGAGGGUUGAGGACAGAAACUCAGCUGCUGCAAAUCAGAAACCAUCCCUGCCUCCGAAUGUGUUGGCUGUUAGGUGGGCAAGUGUAUUAGCACUGGCUGGAGGAAGACAGCGGGGAAAACAUCCUGGUGGACAUCUCUGUGGUCCAGUACAGGCCCGUUCACACUGGCUUAACUUGUGGGGGGCGGGGGGGGGAUGAGAAUGGACCCAGGACACCACCUGCUUUUUUCAAAAUUAAUUCAGAAAUACAGCUGGGGCUGUUGAGCAGCGUCCAGAACAAUGGAGCAGGUAUUCCUUUUAAAUCCACAACUUCUGGAUCGAAAAACUAUCCAGAUGCUCGCAUUAUUGAACCGAGGGCUGGAAAGUGUCCCCUGUGUUCUCGGGCUGCUGGGCAAGGGGCUGGAAAUGUUGAACCCGGGAGAGCAAGUUUCCCCAGCUGCAGUGUCCUGUGCUUUCACAAGAUUCACUGCAAAUGGGGACAACAAAGCAACGCCCCUUUCUCCACGGGAUGCAUCUGAGCCCCUCCGCUGUGCUCCACACAAAUGCUACUUUUAUGGGAGGAGCUGCUAAGUUUAUGGGUGUGGACUGCCCAUGUCCUCUGGGGUGACAGUCCGGGACUGAUGGCCCAACAGCCUGGGACAACUGAAGCCUUGGAGCGGGACCCCCUGCCGGCCCCAGCGCUCCAUCUCCCAUACCAGCUGCUGCCGCAGGGGGAGGUCAGCAAGAGUUUGGAUCUCUUGUAUGUAUAUUUAAUCAUUCACUUGUAAAAAGAACCCCCCUCCCCCUCCCAAAAGGACGACUGUGGUGGGAAAUGAUUGCCAAAGGAGAUGGCUGGUUAGAGCAUGCGUAAUUUCUUUCUAAAUCAUACUUCAUCUAUUUUCUUAAGAUUACAUCAAGGUAACUGUGCGAGGUCAAUUCACUUAGUAAGAAAACGCUUGGAAAAAUAAAAUCAAUAAAAGAGCAAAGCGCCCACACCUUUUUCCUUGCGGAGCUAAGAAUCACAGCUCUGUGUGCAAUCCUCGGGUGCGCCUGUGAUGAUGGACCAAUGUGUAGAAGCAACAAAAAGGGGGAGCAGUCAUCUAGAACAAGGCAGCCCCCUUUAGGUUCUUCAGAA